AAUUAAACAAAAUAGAUGUCAUCGUCAUACCCGUCUUUCCCUACCGAGUUUUGCUUCUUAGUCUUGUUUUGUUCUUUCCUCUCUGAGAUUUAGAGUUGAGAGAGAUGGAUUUCUUGAUGAGCUUUGUAAUUGGUCUUUGCCUUUCCUGGAUCUUAAUCAAAACCUUUCAUAUAAUUCCCAGAAGCAAAGCAAAUCACAAAAAGCUUCCACCUGGUCCAAAACCUUUUCCGGUCAUCGGAAACCUCUUAGAACUCGGUGAUAAACCCCACAAGUCCCUAACCGAGCUUGCCAAGGUUCAUGGCCCCAUAAUGACCUUAAAACUAGGCAGAGUAACCACAAUAGUCAUUUCUUCAGCAAAUACGGCUAAAGAAGUCCUCCAAACACAUGACCGACUCUUGUCUAACCGAACCAUCCCGGAUGCAGUUCGAGCCCACAAACACGACGAGUUCGGCUUGCCCUGGAUACCCAAUAUUUCAAGCCAGUGGAGAAACCUUCGCAAAAUAUGCAACGGCCAACUAUUCUCCAACCCGGCACUUGACGCCAACCAAGAUAUCCGGCGCAAGAAAGUGCAAGAACUCCUCGCCGAAACUCGUCAAAGCAGCCUAACCGGUGAGGCAGUAGAUAUCGGCAGAGCGGCUUUCAAGACUACGCUUAAUAUGUUAUCAAACACCAUUCUUUCGGUGGAUUUGGCGGACCCAAAUUCUGACUCGGCUAGAAAGUUCAAGGAGAUCGUGUGGAAUAUGAUGAAAGAGAUAGGGAAACCCAACUUGGCAGAUUAUUUUCCUGUGCUUAAGAAGUUCGAUCCCCAAGGCAUAAGGCAGCGCCUGACAGUUAACUUUGGGAUGGUGAUGGACCUCUUUGACCGCAUGAUUAGCGAACGGUUGCAUUUGAGAAAAGUGUCUGGUUCGAUCACGAACCGGAACAGCGAUAUGUUAGAUACCCUUCUCAACAUCAGUGAAGAAAACAGUGAAAAGAUGGACAAGACCACGAUGAAACAUUUCUUCUUGGACCUAUUUGGUGCGGGGACUGAUACAACUGCAGCCACACUGGAAUGGGCCAUGGCAGAGCUACUCCAUAACCCAAAGGCAUUGUCAAAAGCCAAAACAGAGCUGGAGCAAGUAAUUGGCAAACACAACCCAGUUGAGGAGUCAGAUAUUGCUCGGUUACCAUACUUACAAGCAGUAGUGAGAGAAACAUUCCGGCUGCACCCAGUAACACCUUUGUUACUACCUAGGAAAGCUGAAGCAGAUGUAGAAAUCAACGGUUAUAUUAUUCCAAAGGGUGCACAAGUGCUAGUGAAUGCAUGGGCUAUAGGUCGAGACCCGAGCUUAUGGGAGAAUGCAAAUUCAUUUAUGCCAGAGAGGUUCUUGGGGUCAGAAAUUGAUGUCAAAGGCCGAAACUUUCAGCUUAUACCGUUUGGUGGUGGAAGGAGAAUAUGUCCUGGUUUGCCAUUGGCAAUACGAGUGUUGCACUUGAUGUUAGGUUCUCUUAUCCACACCUUUGAUUGGAAGCUUGAAGAUGGAGUUGAACGUGGGGAUAUGAACAUGGAAGAAAAGUUUGGCAUAACUUUACACCUUGCUCAUCCUCUAAGAGCUGUCCCUAUUCAAGUCUAAACUAGUUGAAGAAUUUACAUUAUUGUAGCUUAAGAGGAGAAUAUAUAUGCAUAUCUUUAAAAAAAAUUAAAAAUUGUAUUGGGAUCUGUUUGGUGUAUUAUACUAUAUAACUUUGUUGAAUAACAAAUAUGGCAUCUGUUUGGUGUAUUGCAA